AUGCAAUGGGCCAUCUGUGUAGUUCAAAAGGCAGAGCUGAGGAAAAAUGAAUGGAGAUACUUUGUGCACUACCUCGGUUGGAAUAAAAAUUGGGACGAAUGGGUAGGUGGGGAUCGCCUGUUGAAAAAUACUGAAGAUAAUAUCAUGAAGCAGCAAGCUCUUGACAAAAAACAAGGUGUGGACAAGAAUACAAAAUCAGGACGCUCAGCUCAAACAAAGCCAAAAAGUUCUUCUGAUGCAAAAGCAGAGAAAGAAGACCACAAGAACAAUGUGACAAAGGGGAAGAAGCGGAAGAAUGACUUAGGCGCUGAGAAGGACACUGUGUCCCUGGAAAAGCUUGUCAAGAUUCAAAUUCCUCCAACACUAAGGAAGCAACUUGUUGAUGAUUGGGAAUUCAUUUCUCAGCAGGAUAAGCUUGUAAAACUUCCUCGUUCUCCAACUGUAGAUGACAUUUUGCAGAAGUACCUCGACUACAGGACAAAGAAGGAUGGCAAGGAAUUGCUUCUUGCAAUGCUUAAGGACGCUGCUCCUAUAAAGUUACCAGAGCUAUUGGCUUAUGUCAACAUUGAGGAGGAAACACAGACCCUCUUACAGCAGAAAUUACUUGAUUUUCUCAAGUUUCUGCAGAAAAAUAAGAGUACAUUCUUCCUUUCUGCUUAUGAUGGCUCAAAAAGUGUUGAAGGGAAAGGCAAGGGGAAACAUGACUGA